AUGUUUGAUAAUGGUUCAUUUUUACGUCGUCGUAAACGUUUUAAACGUUUAAAUCAUCAUCAUCAUCAUCAUCAUCAUUCAGCAUGUUUUCAUCAUGGACCUAUGGUGUCAUCAACAGGAGCACCACCACCACCAUCAUUUCCUCCAAUGCCAUUUCCAUUUGUUCCAACAUCAUCAUCAAUAAAACGAUGUUUUCCAUUAUUACCACCACCAUUACCAAUAUUACCUCCACCUCCGCCAACAAUACCAAUUAUACAUCAUAAUCAAAAAUCAAAAACUUCAUUUACAAUUGAUAAUCUUAUUGGAAAUACUAAAACAUCAUCAUCAACAACAACAAAUGUUAAUUCUGUAUUAACGAUAACUAAUCGAGAAACAUUUCGUGUAUGA